UCCUGUAAAAUGGCGACGUUGUUCAAUCACUCCUGACGUGUCAGGCUAUGCAUCGUUACAUGCUCUCAAAACAAUGUUAUGUCUGUUAACUAAUUGACAGAUUUUGUUUUAAUGCUAUCCACUGAACAGGGAGAGAACCUGCUCAAGUAAAGUUUAUCGACACUUUGCUUGGAAAUCUAAAUGUUCAGGCAAUCUCGAGACUGACGAAGGAGAAUCGUGUAAUAUCUUAACGUCACAAGCAUGGUUCGCAUUUUGAGUAAUGGUGAUAUUGUCCCUGAUGACGACCCCAGAGCAAGUCAAGCAUCGAGCAGGGGAGGGAAUUCCUCAAGACCUCAGCCAAGACAGGGCUAUGUUCGUCAUGAUAAUGAAGAUGCUCAGCAGGGAAUGUAUGGACAGCAAGUUUCAAUAUUUGACUCCUUAAACCAAAGACUUCUAGCAGCAGGAAUUCCGCGGUUCAAUGUGGGCCAGGUGACAGUGGAGCCUAUUGUGUCAGUGGGAUUCUGUCUGGCUGGUCUUCUGCUUGGGGUUAAAGGACUACUAUUUGGUGCUGUGUUGUUUUUUGUAGCCAAGAUGAGCACUGGUAAUGGUAUUCCCGGAUUUGGUGCAUUUGGGGGAGGCAGAGGUCAAGGUGGUGGGGGAGGUCAAGGUGGGGGAGGAGGUCAAGGGCGUGGGGGAGGUCAAGGGCGUGGGGGAAUGGGUUCAGGACAUAGGUUAGGCAGGUAAUAGGUGGGUCAAGGUCAAAUUAAAAUAUUGUUUCAUUCCUAUCAGAACAUGCAAAAUGAUAAUGCAAUAUUUAUAUAUGCAGUUUAAGACUACAUUUAAUUGUUAUGCAAGUGCAAGAGAAUCAUAUUUGAAUGUAAAAGUUAGUUGUGAUUGUAAUUACUUUGCCGAUAUAUUUAUAUGAGUAUGGCCCAGUGUACGGUUAUGUAAUCAUGCAGAAGGUUUUUUAUCCUUUUGUUCCCCCGACUUGAACUGUAAACAGUACAUUUUCACAGCUUCAACACGCUCAACAUGACCAUUUGGGUUGUGUCAUUUAUGAUUGAGACCUUAGCCACAAAUCUGAAGCCCUUGUCAAGUAAAAUAAGUUCAGCUAUUUAUUAUCCAUAUCAUAAUCACUGAUAAUCAUGAUAAUGCUAAAUCUUACUGAAAAGGAUGCUAAGAGUAAAGUUAAGUCAAGUAAACUCAAAAGGUGUGGCACAGACUGUAACUAUUGAAUAAUUUUUUAAUUUGAGCUUCACACGAUUCUAAAUUACAGAACAUAAGAGAAAUGUGUGUUCAACAAAGGCAGCAUUUGUUCCAGAGCAUAGAAUUGCAACAUUCUUUUCAAUAAAAACACUAAAACCAAGUAAAAGUCUAACCGACUUCCAGCACUUGGUGCAUGUUCUUGAAUACAAAAUGUGUAGGUCAAAGACCUUAUGAUCACAUUUUGUUCGCUGUUUUAGUCUCAGUGGAAAUGAGUACUUUAAAUCUUGAAAUUAACGCGAGCGUGAAAAAUGUGAGUGGUCUUGGCUUGCAUUUUUAAACAUCGCAUUUAUAUCAACAAUAAGACAUUUUGGAAAGCAGAAAUACCAACUUAGACAUAUGCUGAAAACAAACAACUUUGUAUUCCACAUCACUGUUUAUUGAGCAGCACUUGUAACAAGUAUAUAAACAAUGUCAUUCAAACACUAUUUACAUCCUGUGAAUUGUCACUGCUGGGGUCAAGACAAGAGUUCUACUCACUGAUGUCAUCACUGAUCACACCUGCAAGUCCAGACAGACGCCACCCACGCAACACGGUGUCUUUGUUCUUUGCGACUGCGUCACGAGCCAGCGCGCAUGUAUUGUUUUAGCAAAAGUACUCUACUCAGCGCUAAUAAGCAGUUUUAUUUGGUGUGUGAUUGGAUUAAUGUAAGGUUGGAUUAAGGUGAGGAUUCUCCUGUAAACCUCACAAAGGAAAUUUUCUUUAGAUAACAUAUCCACUGAUGCUUGAGAGGACGGAGGUGUCGCAUUCAUAUUGAGUCGCAUUUUUGGCCAGGGGCCAGCGUUCGCAUUCUUUUGGAGAUGCAUUAAUUUCAUGAUUUACAGUAAUCAGGGUGAUAGUGAUUGGCCGCUUUAAGCAGUAUCAAGGCGGGGGAAACCAGAAAUGGGAAUCAUGAUAAUAAGCAUAAUCAUGUGGUAAAUGUCUGAGACCUGCAUCACUUCGGGCUUUCAUCCCACUUUAAGCUGACAAGCCGUGAUAUGACUAGAAUACUGUUAAAAGCGGCUUAAAACCCAACUCACUCAUCAUACUUCAUUACAUAAAAUGGUACUUGAUAUCAACGAUUUCCUUAAAUCACAUGUGAACUUGUAUAGCAGCUUUGAUGACUAUACUUGCCUCCAGUAUGCUGUUUCAUAGGUCAUUCCUUACUCUGGUGUAAUGAUCAGCCUGUGUCUAGCAUGCAGUUAGCAUGGUUAUUGAUGCUUCAUGAGUAUGAGUAGAGGUUAACUGUAUUCUCUCAGAGUACUGUGAAACCUCAUUAAUAAAAGACCAGAAAGUUCAGAUUCCUUGAUGAUUACCUCUUGUAAUGUCUGAACAGAACAUUAAUCUGUGCCCAUGAUCAUGUGAUGAUUCAUUAAUCUAGUAUUUUGUUAAUCGGUAUGAAUUGAAUCUGAAUGGUUAACCCAUCAGUGAAUGGGUACCAAGUAGGAUGAAAUGAUAAUGUUUCGCAUACUCCCUAGGGAGCUGAGAAUGAAAAUCCAGUGCACACCGAUCCAUUGACUGGUGUAAUAAUGUAAUGCUCUGAGCAUGCUUUAGAGUGAGUCGGGAAAUAAUUAUUAAACAGGUUUGUGGUACCCCUUUACUCAUAAUGACCAUGCGUGGUGAUAACUUGGAGGCUCCAUAUGCCACAAUAUUUUUCAAUUCAAAUAAAGACAGAAAUACAUCCUGUACCUUAAUUUGACUUUUUGUUGACUAAGUAUAUUGUGUUUAUAGCCCAUGUGUAAAACAUUUUAAAGACACCAUGGGCGGUUGCAAGCCAGGGAUCGCUUAGAGUAAACAAAUUAAUCGUUCACCUGGGGUCUGUAACAGCUCGAAGCACUUGCGCACUCUUCCAAAAUGGUGGCGCAACUACGGCUUGGUUGCCUUGCCCAAAUGAAGAACGUACACAGAAGAGGCUCGAUGACUAGCUGAUGCAUUUAUGACUACUUUGUAGAUGUGGAGCAGACUGAGGAUGGUGGGAUGUUAGCUGCCUUUGCCAAUGUCCCAGUUGAUCCAGUGAAAGAUUUCUUAUUCUGCUGUCAAACUUAGCCGCCAUUUUGGAUUGAGAACGAAGUGACCUCAGGCAGCGAUUGUUGCACUUGCAAGUAGCUGAAAGUUAGCGCACCGUUGUAAGGCGAAUCGCUGUACAUCGCUUGCAAGCAAUUGGCACUUUGCAAUGCGUCCCAUCUGUCUAACAAUACACAUGUACUAGUACAGAGUUGGUAAUUCUAUCGCCAUGGUUGCGUUGUCAUUAUAUACUAUACAAAAGAAGUUCUUAACUUCUUUUCAGUAGUAUAGGUACUAUUUUCUAUGCACAUGCAUGAAUAUGUUGCACAUUCGUAACUCUCAAAUCAAUAACAUAAUAAAACAAUGAUUUUGGAGCAAAUUUGUAUCAUUGGUUUCAGGGCAUUUUUCACACAAAUUUGUCUUACAUAUUCAAGAACACUGAUGAUGAUGGUCAUUGUAUUUGCUUUUGUAUUUAAAACAAUGGACCAUAAUAAAACAUGUACAAUC